AUGUCGAGAGGGUUUGCAACGCUAGAUUCGUUAAAAAAGAAAGGUGCUAGUGGUCGUGAAAAUUCACCAGAUGAUGAGGACAAUCAACAGAGACUUUAUGUUGGAGGAGGAGAGCAUAGCGGACAACAAGUACUUGGUGGAAGUGAUGAACGAAGUAAUAUCAUUGCAAGCGUUAUACGUGCAGCCCAAAUGCAAGGAGCUCGAUUAGUUUCUGCAGAUGAUGAAGCGCAUAGUAGUAGUCACAGUGUUCAGUCUUCAUCAGAGACAGGUUAUCGUCUAGGAGAUUCAGUUUGUCCUUCGGAACCAGUUAGGUUCCCAGCACGGGAAGAUGAUGAUGACGAAGAAGGCCAAUUGCAACGUGUGAUCUUGCGAAUGUGGAAAAACGGUUUUACUUUGGAUGAUGGAGAACUUCGAACUUAUGAAGACCCUGCAAAUGCUGCUUUCUUGAAAGACAUUAUUCGCGGAGUUACUCCUCGUGAAUUGUUGCAUGCGUGUCAUGGGAAAAAGAUCGAUUUACAAAUUGAGCGGAAAGAUACUCCUUACAGUCCUCCGAAAGUAGCUGCUAAGCCUUUUUGUGGGGAGGGCAAGAGGCUAGGAGAGAUCGAAGCUGUUGUAAGCGGUAGUGGUAAAGUUGGAGUAAAAUACGGACAAGAGUCUCCGCAGUCUAGCAGUAGAACCGGAAAGAUAUCAGAUGAAAAUGUUCACAAAGCUCAAGAGGAAAUUCAUUUACGAGAAGGUGAACCGGCAACACAGAUACAACUGCGUCUUCCUGACGGACAGAGAUUAUUGGGACGUUUCAAUCACUCUCAUACACUCGAAGACGUUCGCUCAUUUCUUGUAAGUGCUGUCCCGGACUUGGCGUUUAAGCCAUUUAAUUUCAUGAUGACAUACCCGAAGAAGGUUAUCGAAACGGAAAACAUUACAUUGAGUGAUGGUGGCUUGUUGAAUUCACUUAUUCUUAUCAAUUUUGUUUGA